AUGGCUGCUCUGCUGAUCCUGCGCUUUGUACAGCUGCAGAUCUGGGAGCAUGAGACCUAUCAGACCCGCUCUGAUCAGAAUCGCAUUCAAAUUCAGCCUCUGCCCCCACCGCGAGGUCUCAUUUUUGACCGCAACGGUGAAUUGCUUGCCGAUAAUCGAGAUAGAUCCAGUUUGUCGUUGGUUACCGAGCGAAUCGAUAAUCUGGCCGCUACCCUUGAGCGCCUGGGCCGUCUGGUGAGCGUCACGCCAGCAGAUAUCUCUGAAUUUGAGAAUCGUCUGCGCCGUAAACGGCGACCAUUUGAGCCGGUAGCUUUGCGGCAAGCUUUAGACGAAGACGAAAUAGCCUUGCUGGCGGUUAAUCGGCAUCAGUUUUCCGGUGUUGAAGUCACUACAGAGCUCAUCCGAAAUUACCCCUAUGGUGAAUUGUUUGCUCAUGCGGUGGGCUCUGUGCGUCGAAUUACCGAGAGUGAUUUGAACACACUCGACCCGGUGACUUACAGUGCAACCAAGUUUGUUGGCAAGCGCGGCGUUGAGAAAUUUUAUGAGCGAUCGCUGCAUGGCGAAGUGGGAUAUCAGCAGGUUGAAACGGACGCGCAUGGACGAAUCCGUCAGGUGCUGGAUAUCAGUCCUCCAGUUGCCGGUCAGAAUAUAAGCCUGCAGCUGGACAGUCGGUUGCAGAUUGCGGCGACCGCAGCCCUGGGAGAUCGUCGCGGUGCUGUAGUCGCGAUGGACCCUCGCUCGGGGGGCUUGCUGGCUCUGGUGAGUCAUCCGGGUUAUGACCCGAAUCUAUUUAUCACCGGUAUGAGCUCAGAGCAGUAUGCUGAGAUGUCCCAUUCGCUGUAUAAGCCGUUGUUCAAUCGCGCCAUUAAUGGUCAAUACGCGCCGGGUUCAACUUUCAAGCCUGUGGUGGGGCUUGCGGCUAUAGUUGAACGGGUAACCACCUGGGAAGACACCAUAGACGAUCACGGCUUUUUUAAACUGCCCAAUCAGGACCGAAUCUAUCGGGACUGGACUUGGAAGGUCAACAAUUCUGGUGGUCAGGGCACGGUAGAUCUGCAUCGCGCUAUAUACCGGUCCUCCAACGUUUUCUUUUACGAUAUGGCAACGCGCAUGCCGGUGGAACGGUUGGUUUCUUUUGCGCGGCAAUUUGGUUUUGGCAAGAAUCUGGCUUUUGAUAUCGCCGACGCGAGUGUCGGAUUAAUGCCGGAUCCGAUAUGGAAACGGGGUUAUAAAGGGGAAGUCUGGUAUCCAGGUGACUCGAUCAAUAUGGGUAUUGGUCAAGGUGACGUGCUGGUUACCCCGAUGCAGAUGGCGGUUGUGGCCUCAACGCUGGCAAAUCGUGGUGCCAUGGUGCGGCCUCGGUUGUUGUUGUCCAGUGAUGCACCACUGCCUGAAAUAGAUCCACCUCCGCCGCUGCCUCAAGUGGAAGGUCCGAGUCCGCAAGACUGGGAGAACAUGGUUGAUGCCAUGGAAGAUGUGGUGCACCGUGGUAACAAAGGGUUUCGUGGCAACGGCACAGCCUGGUUCUAUAUCGGGCAGGAUAUUUCUUACCGCAUGGCGGGAAAGUCCGGCACCGCACAGGUAAUCGAAAUUCCCCAGGGUGAGGAAUAUGACGCUGACCUGAUUGAGGAAUUUAAUCAGAAACAUGCGUGGUUUAUUGCUUUUGCGCCGGCUGACGAUCCGAAGAUUGCGCUGGCAGUACUGGUUGAAAACGGUGGGGGUGGUAGCGAGUUUGCGGCACCUAUCGCGCGUCAGGUAAUCGACGCCUACCUGCUGCCGCAAUUGGCGGCGCAGCUGGUUCGAUUGGUGCUGGCUUUUGCUGUACUGAUCGUGGCUGCGCAAUUGCCGCCACAGUUGUAUAUCCGCUGGGCGCCUGUGGUCUACCUGCUUGGCCUGGUAUUGCUGGUACUUGUGUUGCUGGUUGGCGUUACCGUCAAAGGCUCGCAACGCUGGUUAGACAUUCCCGGACUGAUUCGCUUCCAACCUUCGGAAUUGAUGAAAAUCGCUGUGCCCAUGGCUGUGGCCUGGUACUUCCACAGCCGCCCCUUGCCGCCGUCGUUUAAGGACGUUUGUGUUGCGCUUGCGAUAGUUGCCAUGCCUGCAGGGUUGAUCAUUAUGCAGCCUGAUCUGGGUACCGGUAUUUUAGUAGCUGGAGCGGGCCUUGCCGUGGUGUUGCUGGCGGGUUUGCCCUGGCGCUGGAUUUUGUAUGCGUUUCUGGCCUUUGCAGCUGCUGCGCCGGGAUUGUGGUACACCUUACAGGACUAUCAGCGUCAGCGAAUUCUGACACUCUUUGACCCCGAAAGUGAUCCGCUGGGGGCUGGCUGGAAUAUCAUUCAGUCAACUACCGCAAUUGGGUCUGGCGGUUUGUUUGGCAAAGGCCUGUUACAGGGCACCCAGAGUCACCUGGAGUUUUUGCCUGAAGCGCGGACUGAUUUUAUUAUCGCCGUUGUUGGUGAGGAGCUGGGUCUGGUUGGAGUAGUGGCGCUUCUGAUCCUUUAUCUGCUCUUGAUUGGUCGGGGCCUGUACAUGGCAGCCCAUGCGGAAAGCACGUUUGGCCGUCUGCUUUCAGGCGCGCUCAUCCUGACCUUUUUCGUCUACGUUUUUGUCAAUAUCGCUAUGGUGAGUGGAUUACUGCCCGUCGUCGGUGUGCCGCUGCCAUUGGUCAGCUAUGGUGGCACCUCUGCUAUCACGCUGAUGGAGAGUUUUCCUCAGCCUUACGCUGAGCGUGCAGAUGUGGCCGCAUAUAUUUCAGAAUUGGCGGAGCAGCAUGGAUUUGCGGAGUCUGAGCUCAAGGCUUUGUUUGCCCGUGCGCAACAGCGCCAGGACAUUAUAGAGCGCAUCUCCCGUCCCGCGGAAAAGACCUGGUCAUGGGCCCGAUAUCGAAAGCUGUUAGUUGACGAAGCGCGCAUUGAGAAAGGCGUUGCGUUCUGGGCGGAUCAUGUCGAAACGUUGGCGCAGGCACAGCAGGUUUUUGGUGUCGAGCCGGAAUAUGUACUGGCGAUACUGGGUAUCGAAACCCGCUAUGGCGAAGUGAAAGGCAGUUUUCACGUGCUGGAUGCACUGGCGACUUUGGGUUUCGAUUAUCCACCCAGAGCCGAUUUUUUCCGCAGCGAGCUCACCCAGUUUCUGCUGCUGGCUCGUGAAGAAGGCAAAGAUCCCGCUGAAUUGCUUGGCUCUUACGCUGGCGCCAUGGGUUAUGGACAGUUCAUUUCCUCCAGCUACCGGCAUUAUGCCGUCGAUUUCGAUGAAGAUGGCGUCAGAGAUAUCUGGUCGAAUCCGGUUGAUGCGAUUGGCAGUAUUGCCAACUAUUUUGCGCAGCACAAAUGGCGUGCAGGUGAACUGGUCGCGCGUAAACUGAAUGUGUCUGCAGCUGAGGCGCAGCCAUGGCUGACAACGGGUUUGUCGCUACCCCAUGCCGUUGCUCAACUGGCAGCGAGCGGUUUGCCGGUGUCCGAACUGCCGGGCGAUGCCGAUGUGGCCCUGUACCGUAUGGAUGCGCAGGAGGGUGACGAAUACUGGCUGGGACUGCACAAUUUUUAUAUACACUUUGUUGGAGAUGCAAUGAUCAGACAGAACAAGUUUUGGAUCGCCUCAGCUCUGGUAUGGCUGGCAAGCGGUUGCGCCUACACCGGUGGUGUCAAGAUCCCCGGUGCGCCCAAGCCGCAGCAGGAUACUGCGCCGCGCCUACCGCAUACUACGCUGGCACAAAUGCAGCAGCUUCCCGAUCCUCCGGUUCUUGAUGAGCCUCGCAGCAGGCGUGGUAAUGGUCCGGUGUAUACCGUUUGGGGUAAAUCCUAUCGUGUGAUGGAUUCCGCUGAGGGUUUUGUGCAGGAAGGCACCGCAUCCUGGUACGGGACAAAAUUCCACGGGCGCGAAACAUCCAGUGGUGAGGUUUACGAUAUUUAUCGUCUGACAGCUGCGCAUAAGCAUCUGCCGCUGCCCACGUAUGUGCGCGUGACCAAUUUAGCCAACGGCAAAGAGACCGUCGUGAAGGUGAAUGACCGCGGACCGUUCCAUGGUGAUCGCAUCAUUGAUUUGUCUUACGCGGCAGCGGUGAAGCUUGGCUUCCAUGAGCAUGGUACAAGCCGCGUCCGGGUUGAGGUGCUUGAGCCUGUUUCUGAACCUGAAACGUUUAUGGUGCAGGCAGGUGCUUUCAGUGAGUUUGACCGCGCCGAUCGAAGUCACCGAGAAUUGCAGGCGCUUACUGGCUUCAAGGGCGUCGUGGUGAAAAUGCCUUCGGAUGGCUUUUAUCGUGUCAGGCUGGGACCGGUCUCCGCUGAUGAUAUCCCACGCUUGCAAAAUCUUCUGCAGGCGGCAGAUUACGGUAUGCCUAAAUUGAUUCCCGCACCUCAGGGUGCCCGUUGA